GACGAAACAUGCCCCGCACGACCAACAACAAUGGCGAGCUCACGUUCGAGUACGUGGCCGUGACGGGCGAGACGUUGGCGACGCACGAGUAUGCAGCGUACCCGCUCAAGUUCCUUCGCCCCACGAGCUCCAUUGCACCCGGCUUUCACACCAGCGUCAUCUGCAUUUUGGGCUACGGCGGCGGCCUCGUUUCGCGCGACCACACCAAGAUUGUCGUUGACGCGGGCGACUCGACGUCCGUGGUGCUCUGUACGCAGGCAACAACGAAAGUCUUCAAGUGCAUUCCAGACCCGGCGCGCGCCGACGACCGCACCAAACAAGAUUUGCACGUGUCUGUGCGUGCGAACGCUACGUUCUUGCUCUUGCCCGACCCCGUCACGUGCUACGCCAACGCCAAGUAUUGCCAGCGCCAGACCUUUAACGUCGAUCCGACCGCGACCUUGGUGGUCCUGGACUGGCUCACGAGCGGCCGCCUGGCGCGCGGCGAGCACUGGGCCUUUGACACGUACGAGAGCUGCAAUGAGAUUUACAUCACGCACGCAAACGGUCCCUCGACGCCGCUUGUCGUGGACCGCUUGCGCCUGCGCCAAGACGAGACGAUUCCGCUGCGGACGCGCAUGGGCGGCAUGCACGUCAUGGGCACACUUGUGCUCUGCGGGCCGCGCGUGAUGGCGCUCGUCGCGCAGCUUCUGACGGAUGGCGCGCGCAAGCAGCUCGCGCCGCACCAGGCGCCCGUGCCUUCGGGUCGGUUGGCGCAAAGCUCUCUCUCGGACGUGCGUUCUGCCGUCAGUCCCUUGGGCCCCAACGGCGCGAUCCUGCGCUUUGGCGCCCACUCGACCGACGCCGCGUACGCGUACAUCAAGGACAUUUUGGCGCCGCUCCGCGACGUCGUGGGCUAUACAUGCUUUCAGGAAAAUCGCUAAAUCAAACGCUAUAUUAUGGAC